CAUGGCCGCUUCCAGGCUGAAGAAGCCGUCGAAAAUGACAUUUGUUAGAUGAAAGAGAUAAAAGUGUGCCUACGUACGUAUCAUCUUUUUGGAUAAAAAUCAACAGCGAAGACUUAUAUAAUUAAAGGUCAUUACCUUACUUCUCGAUUUGAAUGAUGUGAAGAUCGUGUAAACUUUUAUAAACUUGUGCGCGAAUGUUCUCCCAUCACACUUGUCUUGUGCAAGUAGUACUCGGUAAUUUAUUAAAAUUUUGUUUGAACUUGUUUGGACUACACCCACAUGAAAUGAAACAAUGAUGCCGAUAAAGGACAAUCAAGAUGUGGCAUGCUUUCUGGUUACCAAACAUUCUACAUGGAAGGGGAAAUACAAACGUAUUUUCUCCAUUGGUUCUAUGGGAAUAACAACAUAUAAUCCUGGAACAUUGGAGGUCACAAACAAAUGGGAGUAUUCUGACUUCAUAAAUGUGCAACCAACAAACAAAAGUCAAUUAGGCUCCCAUGAAUUUACCAUAACUGUACGUAAAGAACGGAAAAAUGAUACUAUGAAGUUUAGUUCUGAACAUAGACCACAUUUGCUGACAGAAGCUCUUAAAUAUAGAAAUCAAGUUGAAAAACCAAAAGAAGUAUUGAGAUAUCAAGCAUAUAAACAUCAUUGGUCUGAUACAAGAUUGCCUGUUGUACUAGAAAUAACUCCGUACAGUCUCGAUCAAUUAGAUCCUGCAACAAACAUGGUAUUAGCUAGUUAUUAUUACAAAGAUUUUGAAGGGCUUUUGACUAUGAAAGAUUACCCUAAUGGAUUUGUAAUUGUAUGCGGUGGAUUUGGUCGUCUACAUCUUUUCGCGUCUGUACAUAUAGAGGAGAUAAAGAAAAAGUUGCAAGAAGCUGCGUUAAAUAAUUUAGGCAUUAAUAUAAAAAUGUUAAAGGAGCCUAUUAAACUUGAUGACUUCAUUGCUCAAAGAUUAGGAAAAUUCAGCGGUGACGAGCAUAUAACAAGCGUUUCGGAAUUUACCGUACACAAGAUUUCCUCCCGACACCUGGAUCCUCAGAGAAGAACGCUUUGUCUUUCAGAGACAUGUCUGUUGGAGAGAGAUCCACAAACAUAUAAUAUUUGUACUCUUAGGCCGUUAUCGGACAUUUUUACUUUGGUUCGUGAUAAUGAUAAUCCUCAGCUGUUUACAAUACAAUACCUUAAUGGUCAAACGCGCAGUUAUACAGCGACAAAUAGAGAUUCGUUGUUGGCGUCCUUGCUGGAUGGUGUGAGAGCAUCCGGUAAUAGAGAUGUUCAUGUGAAGAUGUAUCCAAUAGCGAGAGGUAAAAGACUCGGGCCCUUUAAUCUACCCGUUGACGAAGAAGUCGAAACAACACAUGUAAAGUUUCUUCAACAACCACUUGGAGGACGUACAUUUGCUGAAAUUCUCGAGAGAUUCAAUGCAAAUAUACCAUACAGUGGUCUCAAUUAUUCCGUUACUCAAGACGAAGUUGUACCGCUUGAAUGGACUGUAACAACGUUACAACUUCAAGUACAUCGUAUCACGAAUGAUUACUUACAGGGAAUAUUUACUGAGAACAAAGACAAGAUUAUCUUGGGAGCUUUGAAUACUCUGAUCAGCAAAGAUCUGGAAACGAAUAGCGAGAUUGAGGCGCAGUUUCAUGCAUUACGUAGAUUGGUGGCUAGCAAGAUUGGUUUUGCCGCAUUCACAACACUUUCUGGUUUUAGAGAAGCUGUUGGUACGAAGGUCGUAAAGGCUUUAAAGAAACAAAAUAGCGGGGUGACACAGGCUGCCAUCGAUUGUAUUUGCGCUUUGAUGCAACCUAUGCACGACGACUGCGAUUUAAGACAAGAACAAUUGAACAAGAGUAGCUUGCUCAGCAGUAACAAGUUUUUAGAAAGUUUGCUCGAAAUGUGGGUUAGUCAUAUUAAUCAUGGCACAGGUGCUCUAGUAGUCUCUGCCAUGCUCGACCUUUUAACAUUUGCCCUGUGCGUGCCGUACAGUGAAACAACCGACGGUAAACAUUUUGAUAAUCUUCUAGAGAUGGUUGCAGCGAGAGGCAGAUCAUUAUUCAGACUGUUUCAACAUCCUUCACUGGCUGUGGUGAAAGGUGCUGGAUUGAUAAUGCGAGCAAUUAUCGAGGAAGGCGCGCCAGAAGUAGCAGCAAAAAUGCAAGAGCUGGCACUUGCCGAAGGAGCUUUACCGAGACAUUUAUUGCAUAGUUUAUUUACUGUUGGUAGUGAUAGUAGAUUGUUAACACAUCGACAAUUGUGCCGACAUUUGGUAGGCUUGUGGGUCACGGGACAUCCCACAGCUAUGGGAUUACUGAAACGCAUUAUGCCAGUUGGUUUGUUGAACUAUUUGGACUCUGAUGAAAAAGUACCGGAUUCAUUCUUGGAAGAAGAGAGACUGAACAAUCGCGACAAUUUGAAAAUCGCCAUAGAUCACGCGUCAAAAAAUAAAAAGAGCCCGCAAUGGAUCGCCAUCGAACGUCAGAUGCGGGUGGUUGAAAAACACGUGGAAAAUGCUUUGCAGCACUGGGGCGCGCGUAUCGGAAUAGAACGAAGAGAAAAGAUCAAGGAACGUCCGAUAGUUUUGAGAAAACGUAGAGAACGAAUUAAAUCCGAAGCGAAUUGGAAGUUAUUCUACUAUAAGUUUAAUCAGGAUCACGCACUGCCAAACUUGAUUUGGAAUCACAAAACGAGAGAAGAGUUGAGAAUAGCGUUAGAAAAUGAGAUACGCGCAUUUAGCUCGGAUAAAGAAUUGGCGGGCGGAACAUUGAUCGCGUGGAAUCAUAGAGAAUUUGAGGUGCAGUAUCAGUGUCUUUCGGACGAAGUUAAAAUCGGAGAUUACUACUUGAGACUUUUGUUGGAGAAGGACAGUCCUGACAGCCCGAUAAGAAAAUCAUACGAAUUUUUUAAUGAUUUAUAUCAUAGAUUCUUGUUGACUGCAAAAAUCGAAAUGAAGUGCCUUUGCUUGCAAGCAAUGACGAUAGUAUACGGACGAUAUUACGAGGAUAUCGGCCCAUUCUCAGAUACAAAAUAUAUACUAGGCAUGUUGGAGCGUUGCAUAGAUAGAACGGAGCGUGAUAGGCUAGUUAUGUUCAUUAAUAAACUCAUACUACAUAGGCGAAAUGUCAAAGAGAUAAUGGAUCAAAACGGAGUGCGAACACUAGUUGACUUAUUGACGUUAGCACACUUACAUACUUCCCGAGCUGUCGUACCCACGCAAACCAAUGUGAUAGAGGCAGGGCCGCAGCAAGAACGAAUGGAGAAGGAAUGGUAUUACAAUAACGGUGAUCAACGUGAAGGUCCGAUAAGUUUGAAGGAUCUAAAAGAGAAGUACGCUUCAAGUCAAGUGACUCACAAAACGAAAGUUUGGUCGCAAGGAUUAGACGGAUGGAAAACAAUUUCGCAAGUGCCACAAUUAAAAUGGAGUCUUGUCGCGAAAGGCACUCCUGUAAUAAACGAAAGCGAAUUAGCUACUCUAAUCUUGAAUAUUUUAAUUAAGAUGUGUGAAUAUUUUCCAAGUAGAGAUGCCGACGACGCGGUUAUCAGACCGUUGCCACGUGUAAAGCGAUUGCUAUCCGAUCUUCAGUAUUUGCCGCAUAUUGUGCAGCUAUUGCUAACGUUUGAUCCGAUCUUGGUCGAGAGAGUUGCUACAUUGUUAUGCGAAAUAAUGCGAGAUAAUGCGGAUGUGUCGAAAAUUUAUCUCACCGGUGUAUUUUAUUUUAUUCUAAUGUACACCGGUUCUAACGUUUUGCCGAUCGCAAGAUUUCUACAGCUUACGCACACUAAACAAGCCUUCAGAAAUGAUGAUAACACCUCUUCAGAUAUCAUGCAACGAAGUAUUCUCGGUCAAUUAUUACCCGACGCGAUGGUGAGUUAUUUAGAAAAUCACGGAGCAGAGAAAUUUGCGCAAAUAUUUCUUGGAGAUUACGAUACACCAGAAGCGAUUUGGAACGCAGAAAUGCGACGAAUGCUUAUUGAGAAAAUUGCUGCACAUAUUGCAGAUUUCACUCCCAAGUUACGAAGCCAUACCAUGGCCAGGUAUCAGUAUAUCGCUAUACCUGCUGUGAGAUAUCCGCAAUUGGAGAAUGAAUUAUUCUGCCAAAUAUUCUAUCUUAGACACCUUUGUGAUACUGUUAAAUUUCCACAGUGGCCUAUUCCAGAACCUGUGCAGUUAUUAAAAGACGUAUUGGACGCGUGGAAGAAAGAAGUGGAAAAAAAACCACCUUUAAUGACUGUAGACGAGGCUUACAGACAACUCGGCUUACCUAGUGGAAAACAGCAUGAUGGUGCAGUUGUCAGAAAAUCGUUUUAUAAAUUAGCUCAAAUGUAUCAUCCCGACAAAAAUCCUGACGGCAGAGAUAAAUUCGAAGCUGUUAGUCAGGCAUACGAAUUUCUAUGCAGCCGCAGUUGUUGGUCAACUACCGGUCCUAAUCCCGACAACAUCGUUUUGAUAUUAAGAACUCAGAGCAUUCUUUUCCAUCGAUACACGGACGAACUUAGACCUUACAAAUACGCUGGAUAUCCCCAGUUGAUUAAGACGAUCAAACUAGAAACGGAUGACGAGCGGCUAUUUUCCAAAUCUGCUCCAUUACUAGCAGCUGCGAGCGAACUUGCGUACCAUACGGUUCACUGUUCGGCAUUGAAUGCGGAGGAAUUGCGAAGAGAGGGUGGUUUGGAUGUGUUAUUGGAAGCGUAUACGCGAUGCGUGUCCGUUUUAAGCAAAUCGAGUAAACCUACCGACAUAGCGGUACAAGUUUGUACGCAUAUCACUAGAUGUUUCUCUGUUGCCGGAUCGUUCCGUGGAUGCAGAGAUAAGAUCAUUGAACUGCCGCAACUUGUAAAGGACCUUUGCAGAAUACUGCAUUUCAAGCACUUAACGAAAUUAUGUGCAGUAGCCACAGAGUGUAUUUCAUCUCUUGCUAUAGAUAGCAUAUUACAAAUGCAGUUAUUGCAAUCCGGUGCUUUGUGGGAUCUGUUGCUUUUUAUGUUUAACUAUGAUUACACGUUGGAGGAGGGCGGCGUUGAAAGAAAUCAGGACGAAAAUCGCCAAGAAGUAGCCAAUAACUUAGCUAAGGUGGCAGUUCGUGCUUGUGCUAGAUUAGGUGGUUACAUGAAGGGAGAAAACGAGACACCAGUUAACCCAGUUACAAUUGCCGCUUUAGAAAGUUUGUUAACACCUUAUCUAGCACGUCAACUUAGUAAAGACAAACCCGAAGAGAUCUUGAAAAUAUUAAAUUCUAAUUGCUCAAAUCCAUAUUUGAUCUGGGACAACGGAACUAGAGCGGAGUUGAAUGAAUAUUUAAAAAAGAAACGGAGAUUAAACGAUAGCGACGACUUCGAACAUGAUUUUAGCGAUUUCAAGUAUAGCGCACACGCUGGGGAAUUGAUAAUCGGUGAAAUAUUUGUGAAAGUGUACAAUGAACAGCCAGUAUAUCCGAUUGAGAAUGCAAAAAGUUUUACGAUAAAUUUGCUUGAAUUUAUAUCAAUGCAUUCUUUAGAGUAUUUGAGGUCAGAAGUUAUUGCGUUAGAUAAAAAAGAUUUGAAGCAGUUGGAGCACAUCGUUAUGGCGCUUAUAGCUCUGAAGAAUGUUAUCAAAAAUAAUCCUGGAAUCGAAUUACAAUGUAUGGGACAUUUUAAACUGCUGUUUGGACUUCUGAGUUGUAACAAUUAUAAGUUAAUUCAGAAGAGCGCCCUAGAAGUAAUCAGUAAUGUUACCAAAAAUCAGGAAUGCGUUGAAGAUAUAGCUGCGAGUGAAGUUGUAGUGCAUUUGUUGUUAUGUUUGCACAGCCUGAAGGAAUGUCAGCUUCUUGCAUUAGAAACUUUGUAUGCGUUGAUGAGUUCGACUAAAAUUGUAAAAGAUGCAUUAGCGAAAGGAGCUGUUGUGUAUGUUCUCGAUCUGUUUUGCAAUUCAAGUAACGUUCAGAUAAGAGAAGCGGCGGCUGAAUUACUCGCGAAAAUGUCGUCCGAUAAAUUGGCCGGACCGAAAGUUAAACUUGAUCUGUCGAAAUUUUUACCCAGAUUAUUCAGUGAAGCUAUUCGCGAUGCACCCAAGCAGUGUGUACAUAUGUUCGAAACAAAACAUGAAAAUCCUGAAUUGAUAUGGGACGACGAUGCGAAAGCUAGAGUAGCACGAAUCGUCGCCGAGUUAAAAGAGGAAUACUACGCGCUGCAGAGGCGAAAUCCAAACGCUAUAUUGAAGUUACCUGAUACACAAAAUAAUAUCGAUAUCGCGACUAACGAGCCCGUUGUGGGAGGAGUAUAUCUUAGGUUAUUCAUAGCUAGUCCUGCUUGGGCGCUUAGAAAGCCAAAAGAAUUCUUGAGCGAGCUAAUGGACACCACGUUAACGUUGAUGGCCAGGGAAAAGACUGAUACGGAUAUGUUGGAAUUGUCGACACAAGCUCUGGUGUGUUUACUUCAAGCGCAACCUAGUUUGGCGGACCAAGUGCCGUCCUUGGGACACAUACCACGACUCUGUCGACAAAUGUCUGUUCAGAAUAGUCAACCGUCAGUAUACAAAACAGCUAUAUUAAUUCUUCAUCAAUUGGCUACAAGCGAAGUUUGCAUCUCAUCUAUAUGUCAAACGGAAUGCAUUAGUCCAUUAAAGCAUGCGAUGCAAUCGAGAAGAGACAUGAUUGCUGUCGCAUGCGAGACACUGAACAGAUUAUUCUCGACGAACGAAGAUAGACUUAUCAAGCAGGCACUAGACGCCGAAAUGGUACCAUAUCUCCUAAAUAUAUUAGAAGGGCGAUUAGACAUUGUCGAAAACCCUGCCACAACUAAAGCGCAAAUAGUGAAAGCGUUAAAAGCCAUGACAAAAAGUUUGCUUCUUGGCGAAAAAGUCAAUGCUAUUUUGGAAAAGUCAAGUGUUUGGGCGGAGUAUAAGGAUCAAAGACAUGAUCUGUUUAUUUCUAACAAUACAAGUUCUGGUUAUCUUACAGCUGGAACACCUGUAUCCGCUGGCUACUUAACAGCAGGGCCAAGUACAACUUUGACCACGGGCCCACCACCUGUAGACAAGGAAGAUUUAAUUAAUAGAAACGAUAGCAUCUGAUACAGGUAGCAUCGUAAGUGGUACAAAAGAUAAGUAAAAGAAUGUUGAUAUAUACAGAGAUUCCUGUCGGUGAAUAAUACCGAUCUAGAGAUAUCAUGUCUGUGAUUUUUGGCUUCUUAAUGAAAGAAAUCUAUUAACUGAAUAUUGUUUUUGCUAUAUAAUCUCUUUGUGUUAUACAAUAUAAUAUUUCGUUCUUUAAUUACACAUUUAUAUACGAACGAAAAUAAUGUAAGUGUAAAGCUUAAACUUAGUCAGUUUUUAAGACAAAAAACAGAUAUAAUAUAUAUAUAUAUAUGUAAGAAAAAUUGUAAUAUCGUAAAACACAACUUUAUAUAUUAUAUCAAUAUGAACAGAUUUUCGAACGAAUUUUUACCGUGUAGUCAACAGCAUUGUAUGUAAAUGUGAGCCACGAACAGAGUUUGUUACAUUUCUGACAAAACAAAUUUACAUUUGUAAAUUUGCAGGGUGUUGCAAAAGAAUUUGAUAGUAUUGUCUGACACGUUCAACGUUAAUUCUUUUUAUUGAAAAAACAAGUGAAGAAAUAAUUAUCAGCUAAUGAAAGCUUGGUUUAGGGCAACACGAAUGCGAAUUUCUGUUUUUAUUUUAUUCUUAUUUUGCUCUUUUUUAGUUUCCGACUAUAAAAAAUCAACAAUUUUAAAUUAAAGUUAAUAAUAUUCUUUCUACGUACAAUUCUAUUUGUUUAUACGUACGUUAUCUCUAGGCUUAAUUAUGCUCUAAUUACGUCUUCACUUGAAUUUUUCACGAAAGAAAAGUCGAUAUCAUAAAAAAAACAUUAUUUUCAACAAUUUUCACAUCAUUAGGAAACACCUUUGCAUAUGUAUAUAAUGCGAGAUAUAAUAGAUAUAUAUAUUUAGUUCUUAAUAAGAUUACUUGUAAGUUUAUGUAAAGAUUUUCGAGAACCAUGAGUAAGAUUUACGUAAUAAUUUGCAGUAAAAUCAAAAACAGAAAAAAAUAAAAAAAAUAAUAAUAAUAAAGGAGGAAAGAAAAGAAAACCAUCCAUCAGAAAUUCAUAUGUAGUAACGCAACAUAACUUUCUCUGUGAUAGCAUGUUAAAUGUGACGGAGACAUAAAUAAAUAAAUAAAUAAACAAGAUGCCGACGUGAUUUAAAUCUCGUUAUUGCGAGAACACAUUUUCAGUGGUCACAUUCCAACCAGUGUCUCGAAGCUAUAAAAUGUACUUAUAUAAAAUUUAGCACAAAAAUCUCGCGAAAAAUAGAAUGAUUUUAACAGAGUAAAACAAUUUCUACUUAUAUUAAUAAAAAUCUCUGAUAUGUUUAUUUAUAUAAAAUUUGUGUUUUUUUUAGUGAAAUGAAAAGUUCAAUUAAUUACAAAGUAUUAUAAGUACCGGUAUUUAUUUGCAUCUCGUUUGUAUAUAACAACUUUUUUUUUUAGAAAAAAAGAGAUAUAUAUAUUUUUAAAUAUUAAAAGAUAUAUUUUUCCGUGAUUGUGCAUGUUCAUAAAUCAUCAAAAUUUGAUCACACUUUGGAUUUUAGAUAAAUACGUCUAUAUGUCUGCUGUUUAUUAUCUUAAAAAUAUAUAUAUUACACUUUAUGUAUAUUUACUAUGAGAAAAAAGAAAAUACUAUUUAUAUCAUUAUAAUUAUAUUAGAAAAUGGCAAUUUUUGUAUGACCUUUCUAAUAUUUUCCAAUUAUACAGAAAUAUGACAUAAUAUUAUUCAAGUUGUUAAAUUGCAGGUUAUUUCAGUCUAUUUAAACUAGAAAUAAUAAAAACUAUUAAAAAAUCCAAAUUUUUAUUUUGUCGUUUGUUUUAAAAGAAUACAUUGAAUUCUCCGAUUUAUUCCGUAUUUUAUAUGAUUAACACAAAAAUUUCUAUAUGCACGAAUUGUUCAAGAACGAUCUGAUAAUAUUAAAAAAGAAAAUUUUCCAGGACGUGGUAUUCAUUUGUAGUCUAAACUAUGCGGUCCGAAAAAACCGUCUAAAGAAAUCUAAAUCUUAGAAAUUUUGUAAUGUUAGAUUUUUUUUAAAAAUAUUUAAAUAUAUUUGUGCCAGGCAGUACUUCGUAUUUAUAUCAAUUGCUAAUUAAUAUAUAACCGAAAUUAUAUCUAUUAUUUUAAUAACAAAGCGCAACACACACACACACACAUAUAUAUAUAGGGAAAGAUCUUAAACUACACUAUGAAUGCAAAUUAUAUUUCUUUCCUCUUUUCUAAAGCAGAGACCAUUUUUUGUUUAAAUUUUUUAUAGAAUAUGCUUACCACUACUUUAUAUCUUUAUAUGCACGAUUCAUCGAAUUUAUCUUUUCUAAAUAAAAUAAAAACCAAUGGAACAAAAUGUGUAUAUGUAUGUGAAUACGUUGCAAAUACAAUACUGUGACUACAGCGCAACAUACUGUAUAAACAUUUUGUUAGUACUACGAAGUUAAGUUAUAUUUUUGCCUGAGAUUUUUUUUUUCAGAUUGCGAAUAACAUAUUGUAUAUAUACACACGCAUAUAUACAUAGGAAAAAAAAAAUUAUACCACCAGAUUAUUGUACAUGUAUGAUUAGAAAAUAAACAAUUUUGCACGUGAUAUAACACAGUUCUCUUUGAAUGACAAGGGAUUUUGUUGAUAUAUUUUUUUUUAUUAUUGUAUUAUAUUAAUUCUGUUUGUUAUGCAUUAUAUAAUUUAUGU